UUUGGGUGCUUUGAGGGGGGGUCCUCGAUGUGGGUAGUGGGCAGGGGUGUGGCUCCGAGUCCUGCUUGUCCCCCUCCACGUCCCCAGACCCGCCUCAUUCCUCCCUCCUGGGAAAAGUUGGGGUGCUCCCCUGCUGUCAUCCCCCCCCUUUUUGCACCCGUUUUUUCCCUGUUGGGGGCUAGGAGGGGGAGCGGCACUUUGUACAGGUGAGGGGCAGAAGGCGGAAGAAAGGACUGGGAUAAGUAGAGCCAGGACGGAUAUGGAUCCGGCACUUCCCCGUUGGCAGCGGGGGGGUGGAACGGGAUCUGCCCUGAGAACUGGCUCCUCGGUGGCCCGGGACCCCCGCCAAGGCUGGCGUGGGGUUUGGGGGUGCUUGCCAAAUGUGGAGACGGGGAGAGGGGGGUGGCAAGGGACGGUCCCUCCUGACGUUGUCCCGGCUCACGCGGGCAGGGCAGGGCGUGGUGGUGGGUGUGACGGUGGCGGACGUCCUCUUCGAUCCCGGCACCGUCGGCUGCGCCCGGAGCCGAGUGGCCCUUUGGUGAGCUCCUGCUGCUGGCACCUUGGGGUGCAGGUGAGGAGGGGGGGGGGGAACGACUGAGCUUGAGCCCCCCUAAAUGGGGGGUGUUGGCUGAGCUGGGAGCGGGUGGGAGUGCUGGUACCUCCACCUUGAAGGUUGGACCCCCAAAAUAUUUUUUGGGCGGGUGGUUUCUUGGAGCGUGUGGGGAGUUGGUGUCUCCAAGUGGUGUUCUUGGCACCCCGGGGUGGGGGGGCGUGUUGGUUUGGGGGCAAUUUGGCUUGGUUACCCCAUAGAUUUGGUGUCCCCUACCCCACGCUGCCCUUAUUGCUGCUGGGUAAACACCGUCUCGCUUUUUCUGCCUGCCAGGGACACCGCCAUGGCCGAGGAUGCCGAGGGGGUCCCCUCCCUGGAUUGCGUCAUCUGCUUUGCCCCCUACGAUCGUCUCUUCAAGGUGCCCAAGGUGUUGGGGUGCGGUCACACCUUCUGCCUCGAAUGCCUGGCCAGGGUCACCGUGGUGGCCCCCGCCGCCCCCACCUUGCUCUGCCCCAUCUGCCGCCGCCCCACGGCGUUGCCCCGCUGCCGCGGACCCCCGGCUUUGCCCACCCGUGCCGAUCUCCUGGCUCUCCUACCCCCUGGCCCCACCGGCUCCGUCCGCUUCAGCCGUCCUAAGGGGCUGCUCUACGUCCCCCCCGGGCACCCCAAACCCACCCACCAGGUCCCCACUGUGACCCUCAGCCUGGAAUUGGGGCGACCCGAGCCCCCCGCUCCCCCCAGCCGGGGUUGGCCCUGGAUCUCUGGCCGGUGGUCUCUGUACCGAGCGGUGGCUUUGAUGGUGGCCUUGGUGGUGGGAGGGGGUUUGGUGCUCUGCGGAGUCUUCCUCUUCUUCCUCCAGCCCAUGGCAUGCGGUGAGGGAGGGCCGGUGACAAACAGCACCUGGGGAGAGCUGGGCUGGCCCCCAUAUUAAGAGGGCCCCCCCCAUCCCACGGCAGAGCCCCCCUUUCUAUGUCGUGGACCCCCACGUUGUCUUGGUGGCCCACGGACCCCCCCCAUGGGGAUGAGUCCCUGUUCCCCUGUGGACUCUGAGCUCAUGCCCUUGCCCAUGUGUGGCUCUGGCGGGGGGGGGGGGGGCACCCACCUUGGAGUCAGGAUUUUGCUGGGGGGGGCCACAGGACCAGCCCUGUCUCCCCUGUAUUAAACGGGUUGUUUUCCUGGAUGCCGACUGUGUCCCGGUGCUUCUUUUCCAAUCCUAAUCCCAAGGGCAGCCUCCCCCUUGCCCCUCCCUGAGUCAGGACACCUGGAUCCUGUGGUUGCAGGCUGGAUUUUUGGGCUGUAAAUCACCAAUUUUGGUUCAGCAGAGGGAGAGGAAUGGGGAUCCCCGUGGCCGGGAUGCCUGUGUUCCUGAUAUAUGGGGGCUUGGAGGGUGAUUAAGGGUGACGGUGUCUAAUUUCCUCCCCCUCUUCCAGCUGGUUGUUCCCCUCCCCUUUCCACCCUCCGACAGUGCUUGGCACGGGCACCACCAUCCCUAGCCGCUAUCGGUAUCGUUCCCUGGUACCGGUGGCACGGGGUAGGGACGGUGUUGCGUGCUGGUGUGUGUUUUGGGGGGGUGUGGGGGGGGUUGGA